AUGGCACACCCCGCUCUUGCACAUGAGCCUAUCCUUCUCCAGCAUCCUCCAUCAGAUCUAGCAUGCUGCUGUCAACAGAUCUGGAAAAACCCAGACCAGCUCGAUAUGCCAGAGUCGUUAAAUAAUAAAUUGAGUUUUACUACGAUCUCCGCAACCCAAGCCGACUCCCAGGCACCUGCCCACCCAACCCUCUGGAUCCAAGGCGGCGAACAAAAAUCAUCCCCUGACCAGCUCAACAACACCUGGACCAAUGCCCUCCUCUCACUCGACCUCUCAACCUCAUGGAACGCCGGCUCUCCUGCACUCACCCUCGUCGAAAAGGACAACUCAAACCCCUACUCGCCACCCGCAGUCUCCCUCGGCGCACUCUGGGCCUCAGCCGACGCCCAACAGCUCUACCUAUGGGGCGGCCAGUUUGCCGACAACCCGUCCGUCAACCCCGGCCCAAUGAACACCUUCGUUUACAACAUCCCCAACCGCUCAUGGAAGUCGAUCAAUACCUCCGGCGAUUCGGUCCUGCGUCCAAGCGAAGGCGCUAGCGCACUCGUCCCCGGUAUCGGCUCCAAUGGCGCUCCGAUGGCCUACUACUUUGGGGGCCAUCUCGACUGGGCAAGCGUCGCCGGCUGGAGCACAAGCACCCCAAGAGUCUUCCUGGACAGUAUGGUCCAACUAGACCUCGGCUCACUCUCGUGGACUAACUAUUCCAGUUUCACCACCGCAUCCAACACCAACUUCAUCAACGCCACCGUCGAAGGAACACCUACCAUCAGGGCAGACGGGACUCUAACCUACGUGCCCUCCGUUGGACCUUCGGGGAAGGGCGUGCUCGUCGCCAUCGGCGGCGGUCAAAACUUUCAAUCAGUAUCCCAAAACUCCAAUCGUAGCAUAGACAAUUCAGCCCUCGAUGUCUUUGAUCUUUCUUCCAAGACUUGGGUCAAGCAGGCCACCCAAGGCAACAUCCCCUCCCCCCGCAUCAAUCAUUGCGCCGUCCGUGGCACGGCUAAAGUGAACGGCAAUCCGAUCCAUCAAAUAUUUGUCUACGGUGGUCAAAUAGUCAACGGAUCCAGUCAAAGUACAGAAAUGUAUGUGUUGACAAUACCCGGAUUCACCUGGACGUUUAUUGGCGACAAAUUAAGCUCCCAGCCCUCCGCCCGCGCGGGUCAUAGUUGUGAUCUGAUAGGCUCGCAAAUGAUCGUAAUCGGUGGAUACGUUGCUAGCGAUUUACUAUGUGACAGCCAAUCCGUUUAUGUCUUUGAUACAACUUCGUCCACGUGGAAAAACACUUAUACCCCCGGACUACCCUACAAGACUCCAGAUAUGCUGGCUCAAAUGAUUGGCGGCACAGGAGUUGGACAUUCAACCAGUGGAGCUGGAUCAGCUUUGGGCGGAGACGGUUCACACGAUCCAGACGUAUCGACACGCUAUGCACAGCAGACACAUUCAGUUUCCGUUGGCGCAAUUGUCGGAGGGCUACUGAGCGCCAUCGUCGUCCUACUGUUGAUCAUCUUCAUCUGGAUCAUGAUCAAGAGGAAAAAGCAACGGAGGAUAGAGGCCGAAAGGGCCGCAGCAGCAACAGCUUCACUUCGAGCUGCCCAGAGCAGGGAGAAAUCGACCAUCAGCCAUCAACCUAGGGCUUCUGGAAUGUAUCUUGAUAGUGAAGGGGCGGCAAGGACAUCGCUGGGAAGUGAAGAAAUCACAAGUCACUCCCUCAGUAUGGCCCUCGAGAAACACUUCCAACUGUUCCCAGCAGCCUCGGAUGAUCCAGAGCACGACACCGAAGGCUUCGAACCUCAGUUCUCGACCCGUCUGGUGCCCCGCCAACACCUUCGGGUGAUGAACCCAGAAUCAGAGGGGCCUAGUGAAUCACCCAGCUGA